AUGGUCUAUCUGCUCAUAUCCUUGACUGUGCUGCAUCUGCUUACUCUGUCCAUGCUCCUCGUGGCAACCCUUGAGAAGUCUUGGUGGGUGUGGGAUGAUUCGGAAAUCAGCGAUCUGUGGUAUAACUGUUUCCACGACAACGCCACCAAUACGUGGCUGUGCGCCGCCACCAACGAGAGCGACUGGCUGCAGUCGGUGCAAGCCCUCAUGGUUCUGUCGGUGGUCUUCUCGUCCAUCUCCCUACUUGUGUUUGUGGCUCAGCUCUUCACAAUGUCCAAAGGAGGGCUCUUCUACUUGACGGGACUGUGUCAAGCUUUUGCAGGCUUGACGGACUUCGCCGCUUGCCUCAUCUUCACCUUCCACAGGAAGGAGAUCCUCAACGACUCUAGAGAUUUGGCGAAGGGUCGCUUUGGUUAUUGCUUCAUCCUGGCAUGGCUGUGCGUCCCUCUCCUGAUUAUUAGCGGUGUUCUGUACGGACACCUGCGAAAGAAAGAAUGA